AAAGGAGAUGUUCGACAAGGAUGGAGGUUGACGAAAUUAUUAAAACACAUCUUGAAGAACUACGACAGAAAAAUUCGACCAUAUUACGGAGUAAAGCCUCUUGACGUGGAGUUAGACAUUCUCAUCAUCUCAUUUGGUGAUAUCAAAGAAACCAACAUGCAAUUUGUAGUUGAUUUUUAUCUUGGUCAGUUUUGGUAUGAUCAUCGUUUUGCAUUUGGUAUAAACGAGAAUUACACAAUGGGCGAUGAGUUUGUUAAGAAAAUUUGGAUACCAGAUACGUUUAUUGUCAACGCUGUGCAGACUCAAAUUCAUAAACUGACGAAACAAAACCAAAAAAUCUUCAUGAAUUUGUCAAAUGGUUGGACCAUGCACACGUCAAGUUAUUUCAGACUGAUGGUCACCUCUACAUGCAAACUGGACUUACGAAACUAUCGAAAGGAUGCUCAGCAAUGCAGUUUACCUUUUGAAAGUUACACAUACGAGAAUUUCGAUCUAAUGUACAAGUGGAAAAAGAACAGUACCGUACUUAUUUACGAUCAAGAAAUGUCUAAAUUUGUUCUGACGAAAGUAAAAAGAAGAAAAAAGCAUCUUUAUCAUUCGGAAACCUUCUCAGGUCUCACUGUAACAUUUACCUUUCAAAGACGUUGGCUAUAUUAUGUUUAUCAAUUUUAUAUACCAUGUAUUUGUAUCACUGUUUUAUCCUGAGCUGGUUUUUGGAUUGACCAGGAAGCAGUACCAGCGAGAACAGGUCUUGGUAUCACAACAGUACUAACAAUGGUGUAUAUGCUGGCGAGCAUAAACAAUAAUCUUUCAAAAGUUACUUGCCUAAAAUCACUUGAAUUUUUCCUGGUUUGUUUUGGUUUUAUUUUCCUCACAAAUUUGGAGUAUGUUUUGAAGCAUCACAAAAGCCAAGGAGAACAAGCUCAGCCAACGACUGACGACUAUAUGCCUUCGUUAAGGAUUCAAGUAAACCAUGGUAGAAGGCUAGUAUCCAUUGAAGAACAACCACGACGAUACAACAACAAUAAUGGUACUUGGAAUCGUCCAACAAUUUCUAGAACAGCCAAGUCUUCGUCAUUAAUAUACAGUCACUUCGUACAGUCAAGACGACAAAAUCAACUCCAUACCAGUCUUCGACAACGCUCCUCGCCAAUUCACAAGAUUGCCAUACACGAUAACGUAUUUGAUAGCAUUUCAAGGAUUCCCUUUCCUAUUGCUUUUCUCAUAUUCAAUAUUAUAUACUGGAUAAAUUUCUUGAAGAAAUAGAUACCACUGUAAUGUACAUGUAUGUUUUGGAUGAUUUAUGCGCAAGGAUGGAUUUAGGGUAGGGUGUGCAGAGUGGUGCACGUCCCUCUUCGCCUUGGCUAUAGGCGAUGCAAAAGGACUGCAAAAUUCCCUACAAAAUACUAAUACACCAAAAGCAAUAGUGAUUAAUGUUUAAUGGAGUAUAUUUCUAAAGGUCUCCAAAUCACAGUAAUUACACAUUUUACAAAAAGCAUUAAAACAUGAAUUAAGACAUUCUCCUAUGAAACACACAAACCACUGAUGCUUUUUUUAUGAAUGAGAUGUGUCAAGAACAAUCACAUUGCAAAUUUUGUAAUUUUCAUCAACAAUCUCGCCAUAAAUGAGAAGGUAAAACAUAAAGUUUCACGCCAUUAACAUUGUUAUAAUGCUCGAUCAUCUUUACGAUGAAAACAUUAAAUAUUAUAUACAUGCUUUAAA